AGCCUUAAGACGCCGACGAAUAUGUUGAUCGUGAAUCUUGCCUUCUCGGAUUUCUGCAUGAUGGCCUUCAUGAUGCCCACUAUGACUGCUAAUUGUUUCUCUGAAACUUGGAUUCUCGGACCCUUGAUGUGUGAAAUAUACGGAAUGGUUGGCAGUCUCUUUGGCUGUGUUUCCAUCUGGUCUAUGGUGAUGAUUGCAUUCGACAGAUACAACGUCAUUGUAAGAGGCAUGUCUGCUGAACCUUUAACAUCCAAAAAGGCAGCAUUCCAGAUUCUCAUGGUCUGGGUAUGGUCUGGUGCCUGGACUAUUCUUCCAUUCUUCGGAUGGAACAGGUAUGUACCUGAAGGUAACAUGACCAGCUGCACUAUUGAUUAUUUGACCAAGGACUGGAGCUCAUCUUCCUACGUCAUCUUCUACGGAUUGGCUGUCUACUUCACACCUCUGCUCACCCUGAUCUACAACUACACUUUCAUUGUACGAUCCGUGUCUAACCACGAAAAACAACUGAGAGAGCAGGCCAAGAAGAUGAACGUUUCAUCCUUGAGAGCAAAUGCUGACCAACAAAAGCAGUCAGCUGAAUGCCGACUUGCCAAGAUUGCAUUGAUGACUGUUGGACUGUGGUUCAUUGCCUGGACUCCAUACCUCAGCAUUGCAUGGAGCGGUGUUUUCUCUAACGGAGCACGAUUGACUCCAUUGGCAACCAUCUGGGGAGCUGUUUUCGCCAAAGCAGUAGCCGUCUACAAUCCAAUUGUAUAUGGUAUAAGCCAUCCUAAAUACAGAGCAGCUCUGCAUCAAAAAUUCCCAAGCCUCGCUUGCGCUACUGACAACGGUGAUCACGGAUCAGACAACAGGUCCGAAACCACUGAGUGCAAUGAAAAACCACCCAAAAAUUCAGAAGCCUAAAAAAUGAACUCUUUUUAAAAUGAAUUUUCUGUUUCAAGUUUUUUGUAAAGUUACACGCUUUGUUGACUUCAGUAAUUUAUUUUUGUUUGUACAUGCUUGUUUAGAAGUUUCGCUGUAAAUGCAUUGUUAAUAAAACAGCAUUGUUCAAUUUA